AUGGAUCCUGACACACUCUGCACCAGGCCAAUAAGUUCAGCAGCAUCAGCAUCAUCUUCUGGUUCUGAGUUUGUAGGGUCUGCCUCUUUCAUUGCCAUCAUUGCAGUGGUGAUAGCGGUACCACUGGGUGCAUUCCUUCUCAUCCUCCUCAUCCUCUGCUCCAUGUGUCUACUGUCCAGUAAGGCGGACUGCUCCUGUCCAAAGAUUGACUGCGAGGACUGCUGCAACAGCUUCUUCAAGGCGUUCAGCUGCGGCCUCAAGUGUGACGACCUGAACCCUAUCGUUAUUUGCCUGUUUGUGGUCCUCGGGAUUCUCGCAGCUCCAGCCGUCAUUAUGAUCGGCGCAGUCGUGAUUCCAAUCUUCCUCGUUGGGGCCUGUCUUAUCUACGUUGUGACUCAAAUGAUUCCAAACUUUCUGGGCUCUUCCUCCACCACUAGUACCAAAGCAAUCAGUCAUAACUUUACAGCAAUGAACUUUCUCCAUAUCCAUCUCCUCAUCCUCGGAGCUGCCUACUGCACAGCCACGCUCACAGUGGACCUGGAGCUCAUUUUCUACAACAACCCCACGCACGAGGACUGCGACGGAGGGAACGACACCUGUCUGUCGCCAGUACUCAGAACCGACGACCUGGACAACGACGUAAUCACAUUUUCGGCAGACGACCUCAGUGUUCUGGGGAUCAGCAACCCCGUCCAGUUCUCGAGCAUAUCCACAGAUGUAAGCAGGGGAUGUGGUGAUGUGAGAACUGCUUUAGCUGAUGAUAAAAUUUGGUAUUAUAAGCAUGUAGGGGCCCACCUACAAGCCGACUCGGAGUUUGGUCCCAACGUCACCUACUACGGGACCUGUGGGAGAGCAUACAUUCAAGUCAGGACUAGAAUCACCUCAGAGUGCCCCGCCAAUCGAUACGGACCUAACUGCACAAAGGUGUGUACAGAAGUUCCUGGACGAAAAGUGUGCAACUACAUUGGUGACGCUAGUUGUCUGGGCAACUUCUAUGGACCAGAUUGCAGCGAAUGCAAGGCCGGGUUCUAUGGCUCAAGCUGCGAUAGAUUCUGCGAGCCAAAAGACAGCAAUACUUCGGGUCACUACACCUGCGAUGACCUUGGUUACAUUGUGUGUCUUCCCGGGUUCACCACAACGCCACCAACUGUCUCACUUGUGCCGGGAACCUAA